AUGUCGAAACAGCCGACCGAUUACGAGAAGCUUUAUCACGAGGAAAAAAUUCGACGUGAAGAGGAGCAGCGCCGACGUGAGGAGGCAGAACGCGCACAGAAAGAGGCACAACGCGUACAGAAAGAGGCAGAACACGCUCAGAAGGAAGAACAACGUCGACGGGAAGAUGCGGAGAGCGCUCGAAAUGAAGCAGAACACGCUCGUAGAGAUGCCGAAGAACAAACCCGCAAAACAUCACUGCCUGAAUUCCUCCACCACUGUCACCAUCACCUCUCCCUUGGUCUCACUGUCCAAACCGACGCUACGCAGUCUACUCAAGGCGAUCCGAGCAAUGCGGACCGUAAACCUCGUCCCGAUUACAUUCGCGCUUGGGAAGACUUCGGGGAACCGCAGGAAGCUAUCUGGGCAGACUUGAUGGAGUCUAAUUUCGUGACUAGGCGGCAGUUCUCAUCGAUACAAUAUAUGCAAGAGACGGGCGAAAAUGUUAGCAAGAGGCUACUGGGCUCGGAGAUGGAUCUUAACUACUUCCAACGUACCACUGUCGAAGACCCCGUCUCUGCUGUUAUCACCAUGCUAUUCGACGAUACCGCACUUCGCGAGAAACUUGGACUGAAGGGCUCUGUCAGAUUUGAAAAUCAUGGCAACACCCUGAGCCCCGAAAGCGCAAUUCAGGAUGGUGUACAGCAGUUGAGCAUAUCACGCGGCCGGCGACGGUCGCCACGUUUGCAGGAACGCGAGAUCGCGCAGCGCUCAGAAUCUGCCACUAUCGCGCUACCUGACAAUGCUACCAAGUCGUCGCGUCCUCGUGCAGACCAGUUCUGUGUCUACAGUGUGUCGGAUGACUCGCAAGACGCACCUCAACGCAUCCCAGCCUUCCUCAUCGAAUACAAAGCCCCCCACAAGCUUUCUCCCGGUACUAUUUACGAGGGUUUAAAAGAGAUGGACAUAGACACAAUUGUGCAGGUGCGCGAUGACGAAGAUAUGAAGACAAAGUAUCGCCGUCUGAUUGCAGCUGUCAUCACACAGCCAUUCUCCUACAUGGUGAAAGCAGGACUGGAGUAUGGUGUGGUGUGUACUGGUGAAGCCUACAUAUUUUUGCGUGUUGGCGAAGAUCCUCGCACCGUGUACUAUUUUCUCUCAGUACCAAAUGGGGAUGUGGGACCGGAUACCGGAUGGACUCCCGGGCUGAAUCAAACCAACCGCUUGCAUCUGACUGCCGUGGGCCAAAUGCUUGCGUUCACUCUUCUCGCGAUGCGUGGCAGACCUCGGGCCCAACAGUGGAGGGACAGGGCCCUGGCUCAGCUGAAGACUUGGCAGGUUGAAUACAAUGAGUUGCUCGAAGAGCUUCCAACUCCUGAAAGAGAUACAUCCGAUUACAGACCCCGGUCGGACAUCCCAUAUUUUCGCGAUACACCCAUCCAACUUCGACGGCGGAAGCCUUCGCCGAACUGUUCCCCACGCAAGGAAAGGAGCAGUAGUGAUAGCGAGUCUGACCCAGACACGCCUUCACGAUCGACUCAGCGACCUAUGCCUCGAAACCCAAAGACGAAAACGAAGAACCCGACGAAACGGUCCGUUGGACGUGCUGCAGCCUCUGAUGCAGAAGGUCAGAAAAGAUCGUACUGCACACAGGGCUGUCUUCGAGGCUUGCUGGAUGGCGGACCUCUGGACCGAGCCUGCCCGAACUUUCAAGAUCAUGGUACGCUCAAGCACCAGAUCGAUCGGGCCACGUUUCUCCAGCUCAUGCAAGAACAGCUAGCGAACGAUAUGGACCACGAUGUGGAGUGUUUGCGAGUGCAUGGAUCCCGUGGUGUACUCUUCCGCGUCCGCUUGUCGUCGCAUGGAUACACUGUUGCCGCGAAAGGGACUCCUGCGUGUUUCGUACAACACCUUCGGCACGAAGCUGAUGUGUAUGAGCGGUUACGCCCUAUUCAGGGACAGUCUGUGCCAGUACAUCUUGGAAAUAUUGACCUGCCACGUCCAUACUAUUACGAUGGCAUUGCUGAGCUCGUUCACAUAAUGUUCAUGAGUCAUGGUGGUAGACCCAUUGCAAAGUAUAUCACCCCAAAAAAUAGAGCCUUGCUAUCACAGCAGACAGAGUGUGCCUUUACAGCGAUCCACAAUCUGGCAGUAUUGCACAAGGAUCCCAUGCCGCGGAACCUGCUGUGGAGCGCCGAGACCCAGCAGGUGUUGGUCAUCGAUUUUGAGAGAGCGCAGUUGCCACCGAUGCGGCCAGUGCUGGGUGUUUUAUCUCCAAACCGGAAGAGAAAGCGACUGUGCGAUAUUAAGUCCAAGUCUGAUGUGAAUGGAGGGCAUGUUCUACUUAUGUAUUGA